AUGUCUCGUCAACUCAUCUCCAGCGAGAAGUUCCCCACCAAGCCUCACAACUGCCCUGCCGUCAAGGUUCCCGGUCUGGUCUUCUGCGCAGGCCAAACUGCCACAGGAGAAAUCAAGCAAGCCACAAGAACUGUCCUGCAGAACCUCAAGGAGGUCCUCGAGUUGUCAGGCUCUUCCCUUGAGCAAGUCGUCAAGUACAACGUCUACAUCUCCGAUAUGAAGGACUUCGCUGCCAUGAACGAGGCAUACAUUGAUUUCCUCCCUCAGCCUAUGCCUUCUCGCUCGUGUCUCCAGGCCCUCGCUCCUGGCAAUGGCACCGUCAUUGAGAUCGAAUGCAUUGCCCAAGUCUAG